AGCCCCACCUAGGGCGGUGGCCACAGUAGUGAGGGGCAGAAAGAGCAAGGAGCCUGGGAAGGAAGCAGGAUGGCAGCGGCUGGAGCCUGGGUGCUGGUCUUCGGUCUGUGGGGGGCAGUUGUGGGUGACCAAAACAUCACAGCCCGGAUUGGGAAGCCGCUGGUGCUGAACUGUAGGGGGGCCCCCAAGAAACCACCCCAGCAGUUGGAAUGGAAACUGAACACAGGCCGAACGGAAGCUUGGAAGGUUCUGUCUCCCCAAGGAGGCCCCUGGGAUAGCGUAGCUCGCGUGCUCCCCAAUGGCUCCCUCCUCCUGCCGGCAGUAGAGAUCCAGGAUGAGGGGACUUUCCGGUGCCGGGCAACAAGCAGGAACGGAAAGGAGACGAGGUCAACCUACCAAGUCCGAGUCUAUCAGAUUCCUGGGAAGCCAGAAAUUGUUGAUCCUGUCUCUGAACUCGUGACUGGUGUCCCCAAUAAGGUGGGGACAUGUUUGUCUGAGGGGGGCUACCCUGCAGGGACUCUUAACUGGCACUGGGAUGGGAAACCCCUCAUACCUGAUGGCAAAGGAAUUUCUGUGCAGGAAGAGACCAGGAGACACCCUGAGACAGGGCUUUUCACACUCCAGUCGGUACUGACUGUGACCCCAACCCUGGGAGGAGCUCCCCAUCCCACUGUCUCCUGUAGCUUCAGCCCUGACCUUCCUCGGCAUGGAGCCCUAUACACGGACCCCAUCCAGCUCAGUGUCUGGGAGCCUGUGCCUCCGGAGCUCCAAUUGGUGGUAGAGCCAGAAGGUGGAAUAGUAGCUCCUGGUGGUACCGUGACCCUGACCUGUGAAACCCCUGCCCAGUCCUCCCUUCAAAUCCACUGGAUCAAGGAUGGCAUGCCCCUGCCCCUUCCCCCCAACCCUGUGCUGCUUCUCUCGGAGGUAAGGCCUCAGGACCAGGGAGCCUACAGCUGUGUGGCCACACAUCCUAGACAUGGGCCCCUGGAAAGCCAUGCAAUCCAUGUCCACAUCAUCGAAACAGAGGAGGGGUCAACUGCAGGUUCUGUGGAAGGGCAGGGGCUAGGAAUGGUAGCCCUAGCCCUGGGGAUCCUGGGAGGCCUGGGGAUAGCUGCCCUGCUCAUUGGGGCCACCAAAUGGCAAAGACAGCGACGCCGAGGAGAGCAGAGGAAGGCCCCAGAAAACGAGGAGGAGGAGGAGGAGCACGAAGAGCUGAAUCAGUCAGAGGAGCCUGAGGCAGCUGAGGGCAGUGCAGCAGGGCCUUGAGGGAUGCACAGCCAGACUAGAUCCAUCAGCUCUGUUUUCUUCCCCCACCCCUGCCUGCUUUGUUCUGGCCCCACACUAGUUCUCUCCUAUGUAACUGUACCCCAACUCACCAAACCUGCUUCCACAACCAGAGCCUCCCACAGUGAGAAGUAAACACCUUCCCCUAUUUGCUCA